AUGGCAGCAUCAAAUCCUUGGUUGUCUCAUAAUAACAUGGGUCGACCUAUUCCAGAUUGGAUAGGGCAACUUGAAAGACUACAAGAACUUGAUCUUUCUCAUAAUGCAUUUUCUGGUCCAAUUCCCACAAAUUUGGGAAAUCUAUCUUCCUUGAUUCUAUUGGAUCUCUAUUCAAAUCACUUGAAUGGAAAUCUUCCAGAAAGUCUAGGGCUACUCUCCAACUUGGAGCGCAUGGAAGUUGGUGAUGAUUCCUUGACAGGAAAUAGUUCUCUCAAUUUUCUACUCAUUGAAAACUCACGUGCUUCAUUUGAACCUCUUGACAAGCUUUGGGACUUUGCUGCUCAACUUGAAUGGUUCUCUUUACACAACAACACAAUCAGCGAGGACAUGUCAAAUGUGUUGCUAAACUCGACAUUGGUUUGGUUGGAAUCCAAUAAUUUGCGAGGUGGUUUGCCUCGAUUAUCACCUAAAGUGGCCGCUUUGAGUUUAUUUAAUAACUCUUUGACUGUAUCCAUUUCUCCUCUAUUAUGUCAUAAGAUGGUAGAAGAAAGCAGUUUAAAGUACUUAGAAAUGAGCAAUAAUCUUUUAUCGGGAGAACUCACAGAUUGUUGGAUUCACUGGAAACAGUUGCGUCAUAUAAGUUUGGGGAAGAAUACCUUAACUGGAAAGAUUCCUCAAUCAAUGGCCUCCUUGUCUAAUCUUGUUUCAUUGCAUUUAAAUGAAAAUAAUUUCUUUGGAGAAGUACCUUUGUCACUAAAAGAUUGCCAGAACCUUUGGAUCCUUAAUUUAGGCGAAAAUAACUUCUCUGGAGCUAUACCAAGCUGGAUGGGGAGUGUAAAAAUUAUCCAACUGAGCUCGAACCAAUUCAGUGGCAACAUCCCCACACAGAUAUGCCAACUUAAUUCACUAAUGUUCAUGGACUUUGCAAAUAACAGAUUAUCAGGACCAAUACCCAACUGCCUCCAUAACAUCACAUCUAUGCUUUCUGAUCAUGCUUCAAUUGGGGAGUUCGGCAUUAGAAUUCAAUCAACUGAUAAUGAAGUAGACAUUGUUUUUGUUGUUAUUAUGCCCAAAAAAGGCAAUGAAUUAGAAUAUUGGAAGUUGAUGUAUGCUAUUGAUCUUUCAAGCAACAAUUUGUCUGGAACAGUGCCUUUAGAGAUAUUCAUGCUGACUAGAUUGCAGUCAAUGAAUUUGUCCCAUAAUCGAUUAAUAGGGACGAUAAAAAAUGAAAUUGGAAACUUGAAACAGUUGGAGUGCCUUGAUCUCUCAAACAAUCGUCUCUCAAGACAAAUUCCACAGUUCUUGUCUGGUUUGUCUUUUCUUGGUGACUUAAAUUUGUCCUUCAACAAUUUUAUGGGCAAAAUUCCAUCGGGGACCCAACUUCAAGGUUUCACAAAUCUUAGUUAUAUGGGUAAUAAUGAACUUUGUGGACCUCCACUUACUCAGAUCUGCCCACAAAAUAAAAAACCACAUGAUACAAAAUUAAUGGGAGAAGAUCAUGAUGGUGAUGAUGAUAAAUCUGAAGUAUAUUCAUGGUUCUAUAUGGGCUUGGGAAUUGGAUUUGCAUCGGGAUUUUGGGGAGUUUUCGGUCCCAUAUUAUUCAACAGGAGAUGCAGGCAUGCCUAUUUCACAUUUCUUCACCGACUGUAUACCAUGGUGACUCAAAAGAUGAAUUCUCUUUAUUGA